AUGGUUUUGCUGGGCUACCUGCGAAACUUUCAGCCAUUUCGACUCGACGCAUUGGGUAUCGUAACGCUCCUUGGUGCCGAACAGGUCAACAACCAUGUGGGCAAGCUGGUCCGAAGCCGAUAUCUCGAGUACAUGCCGCUCCUCGGCGCCUAUGUCAUCGCAAGCGACGAGUUUACAGCCAAACAGGCAGGCUUCCAGCUGUUCAACUUUUCCGCCAAUAUCUGUACGCCCAGUCUGGCGGGGUGGUUCAGCCGCUGGCUCAGCGAACAGGACUUUGAGACAUCCGGAACUUGUGUCGAGUGGACCAUCAAUGCGAAGGCUCAUUCCUUCGCUCUCGACAUCUGGAUAGCGCUGCUUAUCGGAACCAUUUUCCAGGCUGGAUUUAUCGUGAUUACCGUCCUGAUGGGAGACUGGUGGGGCUUCGCCAACGCCAUGUCGAUGGUGAUUUCCACCGCUGGGAGGGCAUAUCUGGUCAACCGCAACACUACCUGGCUCGACGCAGCCAUUGUCGAGGAAACGAGGACCGCGCUGGCGCUGGGGGAACCUGAACUUCUAGCAUCCGCCAAAAAGCGACCCAGCGUGAAUAGCACGGUUUUCGACAAGGACAGACUCAGCAAGCUGCCAGAAGCCAAAGUCAUGGUGAUCUUGCCAGACGCCAGAGCCGCCGUGCUUUUCAUCCCGGACUGUUUGGUGCGCGAGAUCUUCGUCUACAACCCGAAGCCAGUAGGCACGAAGGACGAGACCAAGAGAGUCGGAACGUGGCCUGUCCGCAGCCGAGACGAGAGCAGGAGGAAACAGUCGGGCUCGAGGGAAUUUCUGGCGUACGAACUUGUGCGCUGGAUUUCCUGGCUCGCCUUCGGCGCGCACGUCGUCACCAUCGGCAUGUCGGACCUGGUCAGCCAGCUCAUCACAGUGGUGAUCAUCGUGGUGCCCACAUUCCUGAUCGUCCGGGGCUUCGGCUGUGACGACAGGCACGUCGGGACCCGGCUGCGGGCGGAGAUAUCUGACAUUCCGCCGGAAGAGGUAAAAGCGAGGCGCGCUGAUAUGUACGCCUUUCUGCAUCUCAACGAGAAAGAGGAAGGCUGCCUGGAGCAGUGGAAUCUGGCGGCCAACCGAGCCAACAGCAGCUUCUGGGACGACUACGAAAGGAAGAAGGAGGUGUUUGGCCGGGCGCCGAACUUACGCGAGAUCCGGAAUUACGAGGAUCGCGUCAAAGCCAUCGAGGCGGCCAUCGUGGCUUUCCGGAAGGACCACGCAGACAAAGCCCCUUCGCCGCAAGUGCGUCCGGCGUCCAGCACGACAUCGAGACAUACAUCUCUGGAUACAGCAUAG